UCAGUGUCAACCUUCUGUCAUUAUAAGUCUGACGCGUCGAGGUUCGUCGCAAUGUGAAUUUGAAAUUGUUUAAUCUUAGAUUGCAACUCUUAAAUUAACUACAUUCUAAGCUUUGCCUUAAUUUAAAUGCUACAAGAUCUUAAACUUUAAUUUAAAUAAGGGAUCGAUAUACGUCGUCUACUUGACGAUUCUACAUUUGUCACCGUUAGCUUUCUGCAAAAUGAUAACAACUUUGCAUUGUUAGAUCACAAGAUUAUCUAUAGGAGUAAUAAAAUAUAUUAAAAUGGCUAGUAAAUAUCAUCAGAGUGCUCAAGCUAAUGCCCAAGCGCAGCUAGUACAAUGGAUAAACGAUGCUGGCCUAUCGGAAGGUACAAAAAGGGCGAAUUUAUUAAGAAAAAUAAUGGAAGUUAUGAUACAUCAAGCACCUCAAACCAUACCUAUGUACAUAGAAAAUGUUUUGAGUUUUGUCAGUGACAAAUCUACUGAUGUAAAAAAGCAGGUUGUUGCUUUCAUCGAAGAGUUAAGCAAACAAUUCCCUGAGUAUCUGCCAAAGAUAAUUGGGCAACUGCAAAUGUUAGUAAUAGACUCAGUAAUAGCUGUACAGAAGCGUGCCAUACAAGCAGCCAGUAUAGCAUACCGGAAUGUUUUGAUAUGGCUCUGUAAGAGCAAUGCGGAAAUACAAGAAAUGCAGCAUGUCUGGGAACACCUUAAUAAAUUAAAGUUGUUGAUAUUAAACAUGAUAGAUAGUGAGAAUGAAGGUAUCAGAACUCAUUCUAUAAAGUUUCUGGAGGAAGUAGUUCUGCUGCAGAGCUCCAGUGAGGAUACCGAAGAUGAGUUCUCACUUGAUAAGUUACCUGCUCACUUGCCGUUUCUAAAACGGCAUGCAUUGGAAGAGGAGGCUGAGCAUAUAUUUCAGCUAUUAUUAAAAUUUCACAACUCACAACAUAUAUCCAGCGUUAAUUUAAUGGCUUGUAUGACCACUUUAUGUCUACUCGCUAAGUUAAGACCUAAAUUUAUGCCUCGAGUUGUCCAAGCAUUAGGCGACUUACAUACAACCUUACCACCAACACUCUCUCAAUCGCAAGUCAAUUCAGUGAGGAAACAUUUGAAAAUGCUCCUUUUAAACUUAAUUAAACAUCCAUCGUCGAAUGAUAUGUUACCAAACUUGACACAACUCCUCGCUGACAUCGGUAUGACACCACAAGAGAUCAAUAAAGCUGUACCAAAAGAUAGAAGAAAUAAACGUGUCAAUGAAAUCAAAGGGGAUGAUAAUCCAGCUAAAAGAUUCAGAAUUGAUUCCCCUCAAAGUAAUAGUCAAGGCAGUGACAGUAACAGUCGUAGUGAAUUCAAUUACGAAGAUGACAGCAGUCAACAUAGUAUUAGUAUAAGUAAAGCUUCAGUCACAGAAGACUCUAUAUUUGACGGUCUGAACAAUAUUGACUGUGUAGUCAAUCUCAUAAUCUCAACUCUUCAAAACCAUCUUCCAACCACCAUGCCGAGUAGCUUUGUAACAGCUUACAAACCUAUACCAAAUUCUGGCACUAAAACACAAAAGAAAAGUCUAGCUAAAAUGAUAUUAGCAUUGAUUAAGGAUGAACCAAUGCCUACCACACCCACUCUAACUCCCAACCCCACUCUAACUCCUACUCCCACUGUUAAUCCAACUCCAAUACAACCGCCAUUAUUAUCUGAUACCACAACCAAAAUACCAUUACUAAGAGACGAUGAUGAAAAAGUAACACUAAAGAAUGCAGUCGCCAAACUGCAAGAAUCAGCCAAAGCGGAAAGAGAAAUGGAGAGUGCAGUAUCCAAAUUAAUGGAAGAAACAAGACAAGAGCAUAUAAAAGCGGAAGAAAGGAAAACUAAAGAAAAAGAAAAAUUAGUAGCACCACCUACACCUUCUAUACCUAAAUUAAAGCAGAAAGUUAAACUAUUGAAACUACAAGAACUAACAAGACCGAUACCGAAAGAUAUAAAAGAGAAACUUAUGUUACAAGCCGUAGAAAGGAUAUUAAGAGCGGAACAAGAUUGUAUUAUAGGUGGUGCUGAACAAAUACGUUCAAAGUUCAUAACAAUAUUUGCAUCAAGUUAUACAUCAGAUAUAAGAGAAUUGGUACUUAAUUAUAUUCUAGAAGAUCCUGUGAAAAGAAUUGAUUUAGCAUUAUCUUGGUUGUAUGAAGAAUACUCUAUAAUGCAAGGUUUCAAUCGUCAUCCGUUGACAUUGAAAAAUAUUAAUGAGAAAUAUGACCAAAAUUACAAUCAACUUCUCUGUUCGUUGAUAACUCAGGUGUGUGAGAGAGGUGAUCCAUUAAUGGAGAAUAGCAAAGAUUUACUUAUGAGAAAGAUUUAUUUGGAAUCUCCGGUUGUUACUGAAGAGGCAAUUGAUUAUUUGAAGCAUUUAGUUAGUGAAGAAAAAAUGGCGUUAUUAGCUUUGGAUUUGUUGGAAGAGUUAUGUUUGAUGAGACCACCGAGAGCUCAUAAAUACGUCGCCUCGUUAGUUACUCAUGUUUUGAGUGACAACGAAGAGAUCCGAGAAGUAGCACUAAAAUCUUCACUAAAAGUGUACAAGAACAGCACAGAUUCCGCACGACGUGUUAUAGAGAAGAGCGCACUUCUCCAUUUAGGAUUUAUAACUCUGUCCACCCCUCCGGAGAUCAUCAGUCCGCAACAUGCCAGGGUAUGGACUGAUGAGCAGUAUAAAAUGUGCUUGAACCUCGUCAUAGCAUUGUUCCCGGAGAAAGAAGAUUUGAUAUUGGAAGUGGCGCGUGUUUACGGAAGCGCGGGGGCAGAGGCGAAGCGCUGCGUGUUGCGUGCGCUGGAGGGGCCGGUACGUGCCGCGGCCACGCCCCCCACCGCACAGACCACGCCCCCCACCGCACAGGCCACGCCCCCCGCCCCGCCCACACUGCGCCCCGCCUUCCGUCUGCUGCUGGACGAGUGUCCGCGAGGAGCUGAGACACUUCUCACUAGACUUGUGCAUAUACUCACUGAGAAAUCGCCCCCCACUCCGGAGUUGGUGUCAAAAGUACGUGAAUUGUACGCGUCUCGAGUGUCCGAUGUUCGCUUCCUGAUUCCAGUUCUUACUGGACUCACUAAAAAAGAGAUCCUCGCAGCAUUACCUAAAUUAAUCAAACUGAACCCGGCUGUGGUUAGAGAAGUGUUCAACAAACUCCUCGGUCUUCAGAACUCGCCGGAUGAGGAACCACCUGUUUCACCACAGGACCUUUUAGUGGAAUUGCACCUUAUAGACCCGAGCAAAGCCGACCUCAAAUACAUCAUUAAAGCGACCGCCAUUUGCUUCGCGGAGAAAAACACAUACACACAGGACGUGCUGUCGGCGGUGCUGCAGCGUCUGGCGGAGGAGCGGGAGAUCCCGGUGCUGAUGAUGCGCAGCGUGCUGCAGGCCCUCACCCUGCAUCCCACACUCGCGCCCCUCGCCACGCACAUACUCAGCCUGCUCAUUGAGAAGGAGGUGUGGCGUCACAAGGUGGCGUGGGAGGGUUGGGUGAAGUGCUGCGAGCGUCUGCAGGCGUUGGGCAGCUCCGGCGUCGUGCCGCUGCUGGCAGCCCUGCCUCCUCCUGCACUCGCAUCCCUGCCCGCGUCCCUCCAGCAACUCGCAAUGGAGCCACAAACUGGCAACCCUAUAGAGCCACUACCGCCAGGCAUGGAUUGACGAAUGCCUCACUCUGACUACCCACAAACUGACGAUGAAUGGUGUCGGUUCUUCUCAGAUGUUGACUAUAAAUAUUGAACUCGAGCAGUGUUUUAGUGUUUAAUUAUAUUGUAACGCGAAUUAUAAA